AUGAGAAAAAUAAAGCUGGAGGAGAAGAAAAAGGAAGUGGAAAGAUUGGAGGAACUAAAAAGGCAUAAUGCAGCAAAAGCAAGGCUGCAAGUUUAUGUUGAAAACAUCAAAGGUGAUGAGCUUGAACAGUGUUCUGUUCCUCUUCAAAGACAAGAAGAUUGUACUUCUUAUCCAAACAUUCCUAUUUCUCUUCCUCAGCCGCAAAGGCUCGCUCAAGUCACUGCUCCUUUAUACCAACCCUCUUGUUCUCCUCAAAGGGUUCCAAUCACAACAGCUCAUAUCUCCCAGUCAACUAAAUUUGUUGAUCCAAAUGAAGCCUCUAAUGAUCUUGUGAAGGCACUUGCUGAAGCGAUUACAGCCAAUAGGAUUCCGAUCCCAGAACCAGUUGUUUUCUCUGGAGAUCCUCUUACUUAUAAUGACUGGAAACUGUCCUUUCAAACAUUAAUUGAUCGCAAGAACUUGCCAGCCCAAGAAAAGCUCUUCUUUCUACGCAAGUAUGUGAGUGGUCCAGUCAAAAGAGCUAUUGAAGGACACUUCCUGGUUGGAACAGAGACCGCUUACACCGCUGCUUGGAACAUACUCAAUGACAGGUUUGGCAAUCCGUUUGUAGUCGGAAACUCAUAUCGUGACAAAAUACAGUCAUGGCACAAGAUUGCUACCAAAGAAACCAAAGACCUCCGUGAAUUUGUAGAUUUCCUGAGCAGUGUUGAAUCCGCCAUGCCUUAUGUUCAAGGUUUACAGGCUCUAAAUGACUGUGUUGAAAAUCAAAGGAUAUCAGCCAAAUUGCCAGAAUGGUUAAGUUCUCGUUGGAAUAGAGCAGCAACCAAGUUUCAAGAUGAAUGUGGAAGAUUCCCUGAUUUCAAGUACUUUGUUGAAUUUCUCAACAAAGAAGCUAGAAUUGCAUGCAAUCCUAUCACCUCACUUCAAGCAAUAAAGCCAGCAGAGCAAGAAAGAACCAAGUACACUGAUCAAGAUAAGUAUAAGUUCCAACGGAAUCGCAACUCAACUGCCAAGACAUUCACCACUAGUUCCAGUGAAAAGACUAGUAUUAUAUGUGUCUUUUGUAAGAGAUAUGGCCACACUCUUCAUAAGUGUCGCAAGAUUAUGGAAAGACCAGUUGAAGAAAGAUUGAAGUUUGUACAGGCGGAAAAGUUGUGCUUUGGCUGUCUUAAGACUGGUCAUAACUCAAAGGUCUGCCCUGCUAGGAGUGUGUGUGAUAAAUGUGAGAAAUGUCACCCAACAUGCCUACAUCAGGAUCGUGUAAAUAAAUACCUAGGACAAGGAUCUAGAAUCAUUCAAGAUCAAUCAAAGGUCAAUCACGGAUCUGCAGACAGAACAGUUGGAUCACAGAAGGUACAAGAGUCGAAGCCUGUGAUUUCAAAUAGAGUAGUUCAAGAAAGGAACAACACUCAUACUUCAUCGAUCAUUCCAGUAUAUGUCUCAACAACAGCUGAACCAAGGAAGGAGAUUUUAGUGUACGCCUUGCUCGAUACACAGAGUGACACUACUUUCAUUCUAAAGAAUACAGCUGAGACACUUGGUAUAAAGAAAGAACCAGUCAAACUCAAGAUUUCUACAAUAACGUCCAAAACAAAGGUUGUGUCUAGUCACAAAUUGAAUGGACUACAAGUAAGAGGAAUUCAAUCUGAAGUGAAAAUUAAACUUCCAACAACCUACACUAGAGACUACAUACCUGUCAAUAGAUCUCAUAUACCCACAUGUGAAACCGCCAAGAAUUGGCCUCAUCUAGAACAUCUGGCAGAUGAAAUGGCUCCUGCACUUGACUGUGAAGUAGGUUUGCUAAUAGGCUAUAACUGUCCUCAAGCCUUACUCCCCAGAGAUGUUCUCAGCGGUAACGAAGAUCAGCCGUUUGCACAAAGAUCUGUGUUGGGUUGGAGUAUCAUUGGAUACAACCAUUAUGACAGGCAGAACUAUGAAGAUGAAGUUGGUGUGAGUCACAGGAUUAUCUUAAAGCAAGUUCUACCAGCUGGUGAAAGAUCUCACAAGCUCAAGUCUGAAGUCUGUUUUAUACACAGGAACAAGGUUAAGGAAAUGAUCACUCCAGCAGAGGUACUGAAAGUUUUUGAGUCUGACUUCAUUGAAAGGAAGAAUGAGGAAGUCUCUACAUCACAAGAAGACUUAAGGUUUUUGGCAAAGUUACACAAAGGCAUUAAGCAAACGCAAGAUGGACACUAUCAGAUGCCAUUGCCAUUUAAGGGCGAGAGACCAGAAUUGCCAAACAACAAAGCGUGUGCAGAGCAUAGACUCAAAUCCUUAGAGAAGCGUUUAAAGAGGGAAGAGCAAUACCACAAGGACUACUUGGCUUUCAUGAAAGACAUAAUAGCAAGAGGCGAUGCUGAAAAGGUUCCAGAGAUGCAGUUAAACAAUCAGCCAGUAUGGUAUAUACCUCAUCAUGGGGUUUACAACCCGCAGAAGCCAGGCAAGAUUCGCAUUGUCUUUGAUUGCUCUGCAAGAUUUCAGAAUACUUCUCUGAAUGAACAUCUACUGACUGGGCCUGACCUCACAAAUACUCUUGUUGGGGUCUUGUGUCGUUUCCGAAAGGGGCAAUUAGCCAUUAUGUGCGAUGUUGAGCGUAUGUUCCACCAGUUUUAUGUUGCUCCUAAGGAUCGGGAUUAUCUCAGGUUCUUAUGGUGGGAGGAAGGCAACAUGGAAACCCCUCCAACAGUUUUUCGGAUGAGAGUCCACUUGUUUGGAGCUGCCUCCUCACCUGGAUGUGCAAAUUUUGGGCUCAAGUAUCUUGCUGCGCAAGGUGAAGGCAAGUUUAGUCAAGCCACAGUAAAUUUUAUACAGCGUAAUUUUUAUGUGGACGAUGGCUUAGCAAGUGUGGACACUGAAGCAGAGGCAAUCCAGCUUGUAAAGGAAGCUAGGGAUCUCUGCAAUACUGGUAAGCUCCGCUUGCAUAAAUUCAUCACCAACAGCAAGAAAGUGACUGCCACAAUUCCAAAGGGGGAAUGUACUGAAGGUGCGACUGACUUUGACUUGGCCCUAGGAGAACAACCUAAAGUAGAAAGAGUGCUCGGAAUUCAGUGGUGCAUAACUUCAGACAAGUUUCAUUUCAGAGUGCAAGUAAAGGAAAAACCUUUUACUAGAAGAGGAGUCUUGUCUACAGUUGCUUCCAUUUUUGAUCCUCUUGGAUUCAUCGCUCCCUUCAUUCUAGUUGGGAAAAGAAUCUUAAAAAGGAUGUGUCAAGACAAGACGGGCUGGGACGAACCACUUCCUGAUGACCUCAAGCCGCAUUGGGAAGCUUGGCUGCGAGACCUUCAUAACCUGUCUUUGGUAAAGAUUGCACGUUGUUAUGUGCCAUCAUCAUUCAAGGAUGUCCAGCAAUAUGAGCUACAUCAUUUUUCAGACGCCAGUGUGUCAGGCUAUGGAGUAGGUUCAUAUCUUAGAUCUGUAAACAAGUCUGGAGAAGUCUACUGCACUCUUGUUAUGGGUAAAGCUAGGGUUGCCCCAACAAAGGUAACGACAAUCCCCAGGUUGGAGCUCUCAGCUGCAGUGGUCGCCACAAGGAUUGGUGAUCUGCUCAAAAGAGAACUAGAAUUGGAUGUCAUUGGUGAAUACUACUGGACCGACUCCAAGGUUGUCCUUGGUUAUGUUAACAAUGAUGCACGACGGUUCCAUGUAUUUGUCUCCAAUCGAAUUCAGCAGAUCAGGACAAGCACUAAGCCUAGCCAAUGGGGAUAUGUUGCUUCAGAUCAAAACCCAGCGGAUCAUGCCUCUCGUGGACUCACCGUAAAGGAACUCAUGGGCUCGAAUUGGUUUACUGGUCCAAGUUUUCUAUGGCAAAAAGAACUGCCUAAGGGAGACAUUAUGGUGGGAGAAAUUGAUGAUGGAGACCCAGAGAUCAAAAGGGCACAGGUUCUUAUGGUAAAGGCAAAUGAAGAAUGGUCUCUUUCAGAUCGCCUACGAGGGUUUUCAGAUUGGAAGAGAGCAGUGAAAGCUAUAGCAAGACUCAAACUUUAUGUAAGGGGUGUAAAAGGUUUGGAAGAAAGAUCAAACAAAUCCACAACACUUGAAGAAAGAAUGAAUGCUGAACAAUUCAUAAUUCAUAUGGUCCAAGAAGAGGUGUUCAGUGACGAAAUCAAGUCACUAAGACAAGGGAAAGAAGUUAAUUCAAAUAACAAGCUUUACAAGUUAAGUCCAUUUAUCGAUGAUCAUGAUAUCUUACGGGUUGGAGGCAGAUUGACAAAGGCAGAACUUUACCCUCAUAUCAAGCAUCCAGCCAUUCUUCCUAAAAAGCAUCAUGUAUCUCAUUUACUCAUCAAACACUUCCAUGAGAAGGUACAACAUCAAGGUCGUGGCAUGACCAUCAAUGAAAUCCGGUCCAAUGGUGUUUGGAUCCUGGGAUGCAGUAGUGAAGUAUCAUCUUUCAUCUACAAAUGCAUUAAGUGUAGGAAGCUAAGGAAAUGCAAUCAGGAGCAAAAGAUGGCUGACCUGCCACCGGAAAGGAUGGAAGCUACACCUCCGUUUACUUACAGUGGCAUGGACUGCUUCGGACCAUUUUAUGUUAAAGAGGGAAGGAGAGAGUUGAAGAGAUACGGACUCUUGUUCACCUGCAUGUGUUCUCGUGCUGUUCAUCUUGAGGUGCUGGAUGAUCUUAGCACUGAUGCCUUUCUUAAUGCACUGCGUUGCUUUAUUUCUAUACGUGGCAAUGUAAGUCAGCUGCAUAGUGAUCAAGGUACCAACUUUAUUGGUGCAAAGAGAGAGUUCCUAGAGUUGAUGAAGCAAAUGGACCAAGAACGUGUGAAGGAGUUAGGCUGUACCUUUGUCAUGAACCCACCCGCUUCCAGUCACAUGGGUGGUGUCUGGGAGAGACAGAUCCGUACUGUAAGGAGUGUACUGACGUCCAUUCUAGACCAGUCUGCAGCGAGACUGGAGAGUUCUUCCUUAAGAACAUUCAUGUAUGAAGUAAUGGCAAUUGUAAAUAGUCGACCAUUGACCUUAGAACAUAUCAAUGAUCCUGUGGGACCAGAACCAUUGACGCCAAACCAUAUACUUACAAUGAAGCCUACCAUCAUUGCACCACCUCCUGGAGAGUUUGUAAGGGAAGAUCUCUAUCUUCAGAAGAGAUGGAAAAGAGUUCAAUUUUUGGCUAAUGAGUUUUGGUCCAGGUGGAGAAAGGAAUAUCUAUUAAGUUUGCAGCAAAGAUGUAAGUGGAAUAAGAGCAGGAGAAACGCCAAGAUAAAUGACAUUGUUCUACUUCAAGAUGACUUGGCCCCACGAAAUCAAUGGAAGCUAGCAAAAGUAGUAGAAGUCUUCCCAGGAACUGAUGGUAGGGUGAGAAGACUUAAACUUCUUGUUAGCGAUUCAACACUAGAUAGUAAGGGUGCACACACAAGUAAGCCAGUCUACCUAGAAAAACCUAUACACAAAACAGUGUUACUUCUUGAAGCUGAUUAAAGGGUUAAGUUUGAUAAGAAUACAUGUAUGCUAAUGUGUAUACGAUUCUUCCCCUUGGUGUGUGUAAGUUCCUGCUGAUUUACUUGAACAUUCAGAACUUUGAUUAAGAAUCACACAUUGUGUGAUGGUGGGAGUGUAUUUGCUGUCACAAAGUUUUCUGUGUUUAAUGCUUAUUUUCCACUAGAUGGCAUUUGUGUACCUUAGCACUCAUUUACACAAGUUACUUUUGGUUAAUUUAAUUUUGUGUAUUUUGAUAUUUUGAUUAUUUUCUAGUGUUUAUUGUGUUUCUAUACUGAAUUGUUGUUUAUUUGAGCAAGAUUUAUUUUUUCUAAAAGAUUGUUGGUUAUUUUAUUUUACUCCCAUCAUGCCUUUAUAUGUCACUUCCUGGUUUGUCACUUCCUGUUUUGUCAACCACAUGAAGAGAUGGAGCAAUGUAAUUGCUAACUUAAGAGUGUUUCUAUCUAUAUCAUAUGCCAUCCAACCAAGAAAAUGCAAGAUAUAACCCCCUCUCUUAGCUCACAAGCAGGCAAAAGUGUUCUACGGUGUUGGUGUUGAAGUUGAUGUCUGUAUUGGUGUCUAUGUCGAUGAAUGCAUAAAACAUCUGUGAAAAAGAACCUCAGCCUUCGCAAUGUGACUAAGGGCGGCAUACCAUAGUUUAACUCCUUUAACAGAUAUACAUCUGUUUUUUGUAUUGGUUCUUGCCCUUAAUUUUAUAAACAUAUACAUUCCUCUAAGAUUAUAAUGACUUUCUCUUAUUUUGAACAUCCUCUGUACACAAUUUGGAAGUAAAUUCUUAUAAACUUUAUACAUGACCUGUGCAAUAUAAAGGUUAACUAAAUCAACAAAUUUUAAAGCUUGUAAAUUUAUAAAUAAUUUAUUUGUUGGUUCAUAAUAGUCAGCCCGUUUUACAAUCCUUAUUGCUUUCUUUUGUAACAUAUAUAUUGGUUUUGUAUUAGUUUUAUAUGCAUGUCCCCACACCACCACACAAUAAGUAAUGUAUGGAACUAUGAGAGAACAAUACAAUGUAUAUAAUGUUUUUUCAUUUAAAAUAUGUUUUAUUCUAUUUAAUAUCGCAAUGGAUUUAGACAUUUUUGUUUUUACAUGGUUUAUAUGUGAUUUCCAGCUUAAUUUAUGGUCUAUUGUAACACCCAAAAAUUUAUAUUCAUAUACUCUUUCUAUUUCCGUCUUACAAAUCAUAAUUUUAGCUUUGAUAUUACUUUGUCGAUUGCUGAAUAUUAUGAACUUUGUUUUAAUCAAAUUCAAUGAAAGUCGAUUAUCAUCAAACCAACUUUUUAAAGCCAUCAAUUCAAUUUUAACUGUUUUCAGGAGAUGCUCCAAAUUUUUCCCCGAACAGUA